AAUCGAUAUAUCGGUACAUGUUUCACAAGCUUAGGUUAUAAAGGCUAAAAUGGAAAGUUGAAAAUUCAUAUUUAAAUCGUUAAUGUAAUUGUUUGUAAAUUUCACGCUAAUCUCUGAUGGAUCUCAGUACCUUGAUAUUUUUAAUUUUCCCAAUAUUAGCCUGUUCACUGGCCAUUAUCAAUUAUAAUUAUAAUGUUUCUUUCGACCCACUUAUGAUUGGAUUGACUCUUAUGGGCAUACUGUUAUUUUAUAAAGCUCCAAGUUACUCAAAAAGUGCAAGUUUUUAUUACGUUUGUUCACUCAUUUUGGGGUGUUUAGGAUCUAUACUUGUUGUAUUUUUCGUUCUAGGUAGAUUUGUGCCAAAGAGAUUCGCUUAUGCCACUCUUAUUUUCGGUAGCUCAACCAUUGGAUUUGUUUAUCAGCUGUGCAAGGACAGAAUUUAUCAGCAGAUUAUCGAUUAUGGAACAUAUAUUAUUUGGUAUACAGUGAUUGCUGCAUUUAUCACUUUUGCUUUCGCCUAUCGUUAUGGUCCACCAACUCAUCCGAAAACCUUAAACUUAGUGCAGUGGACAUGUCAGAUUCUAGCUCUUUCUCUAAUCAUGCUUUCAAAUUCUUUACCAUCUGUUGGACUAUCGCUAUGUGGAGUAUUAAUUUUGCAUUACAACUUUAGCAAUCUCUGGGAGAAGUUGUGGUUGCGAUGCAAGAAACCUGAACCAAGAACUUUGUUAACUGAAGAUGAAUACUAUUUACAAGGAUUAUUAGCCACACAGGAGGAGCUUAAAAAGCUACGUGAAUAUUGUCGAUCUCCUGAAAUUGAUCCUUGGAAAGUUAUCAACAAGCUUAAAACACCUGAAAGAUUUGCCAAAUUCAUGGUCACGGGAGAAGAUGUAGGCGAAGAAGAACGAAGUGUAUACGAUACAUCAUGUUUUGAUGAUUCUGAAGAAAUGAUUGAGGAUAUGGACACAACCGGUGGAGACACUCUAAAUGGGAGUCAAGAGAGCUUGAUAUUCCGUGAAAAUUCAAUUCAUAGUGAAGUUAAUGUACUAAGUAAUGCUCAAAAUAAUUCGCAAAAUAAUUCACAAAUCAAUGCACAAAGUACAUCAAACAAUUUUGCCUUUAGACCUUUGUACCGUCUGAAGCCCAGUAUUUUGGAUAAAACUACAAAUUCCAAUUCUUCCGAUGCUGAUAUUGAUAACAUUAUGGAUCAAGAAAUGAAAAAAUUAGACCAAAUAUUUUCAAUCAAUUAGACAAAUAAAUUGGAUUAUUCAAUUAUUGUACAAAAUGUUCAAAAGUAGCCUGAUUUUGUUUCAUUUCACAUUUGUUGUAGGUGGUGUUUCAAGUUAUGAUAAUUAUGACAGCAAAAGCCAGAUAAAGCGUUUAGGAUGUACAAGAAAAAAAGGGAAAGGUGAAUAAAUGGUAAUUAAGAGUAUGAAUUUUUUCUUUGCUCCUAAAGUUUGAUUGAUUUAACUGGUGAUUUAUUUAUAGUAAGGAUUAGUCCAGUAUUUGAGCCUUAUCAGGAAAUUUGCUUAAUGUUUGUGGAUGUCCAGGUAAAAAUGGUGGUGACUGCAUACAUAGAACAAUACAUCUCUUGUCUUUCUUUUUU